AUGCUGGCAAGUCCGAUGACAGGGAGUUGGCCGACGUUGACGAGGGGAGGGAGAAGGAACCCAAACGCCCACGCAGCCAAAGAGGAAGGGACGACGUCGGCAAGAAGAACACUGACCACGACAGGAGCGAAGAUAAGGGCAAGGAGGACCAGGGUGACGAGGCAAGUGGCACGCGCGCAAGCUGCAGCAGGUCUUCCAGGACGGGCCCCUCCUGUCGCAGUGUUGGGGUGGAAGGCGGCUGCGGUGGAGGACAAGCAGGCCUUCUUCAGCUCGAAGCCAGGGGUCGUCUGGGACCUUCGCAACACUGGGAGCCGCGCGUACAGGCAGAUCUGGUUCGAGCUGAGGCAGCCACCGAGGCACUCGCAGUCCGAAGUCGACAGCCUGCUGGCUGGCGCAGUAUACCCCACUAGUGUUGGGACGUCUCUUGUUUUCGAGAACGGGUACUGCCGUGCUUGGGACUUUUACCUUGGGCCAGGACAGGGCGGGGGAGCUGAGAGCACUCAUCACCACGUCCUUGAUUACUUGUUUGUGUAUGUAGCACCGGGGAGGUUGUUGGGGUAUUAUCCCGAUGGAAGGCCUGGCCUCUUUGACUCUAUCAACGACGACAAUGAUGUAUCGUGGUUUCACAUCCCUGAUUCUGCACCUGGGAAUCCAGUGUACGCUCAUGGUGGCAAGAAUGGCUACAAUGACCUACCACACAGAGCUUAUCUGGUGGAGUUGAAGUGA